AUGGUAGAAAUUAAUAUUGAUUUGGAAAAUACGAAAGAAGAGCCAAUUGAUAAAGAAAAGGUUAGGGGCUUCGUAUGGCAUAAUUACAAAAUGAAGUAUGCGAAAGAUAAGCGGGGAUUUUGGCUAAUAGUUAAUUAUCGUAAACAGAAAUAUUUUGGCUUCAUUGAUGAAAAACUACUCGGGCAAGGUAUCCAAGACAGCAAGACAGCGGAGACAAUGGAAGCGGUUAUUGAUAACUUAACAGAAAGAAUAUUAAAAAAACAUGAUAAAAAGAAGAAUGUUUUUAUUGUUGGCGUAGAAAUGGAGGGCAUUCCUUAUUUUAGAGAAGUUGAAGUCGGGCAAUUUAGAGAAUGGUUGGCGGAUGCGGUGCCUCCUAUUCAUGGAUUUUUUUAUGAUAAGAUGGAGGAGAUUAUCAAAGAAUUAGCGGCGGAGAAAAGAGUUCAGCGAGUAAUUGAUUAUUGGCAAGGUCAGAAGUCUUUCGCGGUUGAUAUUCACAAAGGACUAUUUAAGAAGUUAGACAAUUUAAGAGAAUUAGAAGCAAUUGAAAAUAUGCCAGCCUAUAUUUUAAAUGCCUAUAUCAUUUACAAGCGGGCUUUUUAUAGCAAUUGGCAAGAGGAACAUUUAAAGGUUAAUCAAUUUGACAGGGAUGGUUAUUUAGAAAAAUUGGAGUUUGAAAUUGAAAUCUUGGAGAAAGAUAGUUUGAAGGACUUCAUGAAUGAAUUAGAUAGAAGAAUUGAGGAAGGGCAAAUUAAGCCUAUCCAAAUUAUAGAAAUAUUAAGAAAAUACAAUGGAAAUUAUAAAUAA